CCUCUGGUGUAUGUCAUCAAAAGGCGGAAGCGCAGCGGGGGCGGGAAGGUUGUAGAACAGCACGUUGAGCUCGAUUUGCCGGUCUUUAAGUGGUCGCACCCCCUUGAAGAAGAGAACCUGACGGCAAGGCGGCCACAGGCUAUCUCGCCUCCGGGUAAGUAGGGCUGCCUGGCGGCGCCGGGGGAUUGACGGUCUGUGGCUCUGGAGCUGAUCUGCUGCCGCCGUCCACACAGGUGAUUGUAAAGUGCUGAUCAACUGCCACGGAACAAAGUUGAACAGAAAAUAGGAAGAUGGCAGCAAACCCUUCAGGACAAGGUUUUCAAAACAAAAAUAGAGUUGCAAUCUUGGCAGAACUGGACAAAGAGAAAAGAAAAUUACUAAUGCAGAACCAAUCUUCAACAAAUCAUCCUGGAGCUAGCAUCGCACUCUCAAGACCCUCUCUUAACAAGGACUUCCGGGACCAUGCCGAGCAGCAGCAUAUUGCAGCCCAGCAGAAGGCAGCUUUGCAGCACGCACACGCACAUUCAUCUGGAUACUUCAUAACUCAAGACUCUGCCUUUGGGAAUCUUAUUCUUCCUGUUUUACCUCGCCUUGACCCAGAAUGAAGAAAAUAUUUGUAACGAAAGUGACUCUGUAAUAUCAGACGCCAAAGCUCCCACCGUUCAGUGCUAUGCAGACUGUGACUUUCAGAAUCUUAGUGGACUUUGAUAUGUUUUGUUUCUUGAAAAGAAAGACAUGUGUAAGUGAAAGCAAAAAAGGAGGGUAACCGGGACAAUGAGAGCUUUGGAAGCUGUAUUAUCUGAGGAACUGAUCACGCUACCAUGACUGUAACUUUUGUGUAAUGCAGUUUGAUUUUUAACUCUGAAUCAGACUCUGAAUUGGACGGGGUCACAUAAACUCACCCCCAGCCCCCAACUAGUUGGCCUGAGUAUAUCAUGUCUACAGUAGACUUUCAAGAACCAUUUAAAGUACUCAACUAUAAAGAAAUGAGGGUGCUUUUUUUAAAAAUGUGAAUCAAUAGGCUUAAAUAGGUUACAUUCACAUUUGCUGUUUAUAGAACUGAUAAUCAGUGUACCUUUUUUUUGUACCUUUUGAAUUUAUAGUCAGUGUAUCAUCCCGAAAUAUCCUUUAACUCGAAACUAGUUCCCCUAUUCUCAAUUUCAAUUUUAAAAGAAAACCCAAGAUAAGACUAAAUUACCAACUAGCCUUAAACAUCUUUUAUAAACCUAUGCCACUAUAAAUUAUGUGAUUGAAUGCUAUUAAAAGCAGUAAGAAAUAUAGUCUUAAAAUUUGUACACGCGCUUAGUUUUAUGACAUAAACGGUGUACCUGCAGUUCUACUGCCCAUUUUUACUCUAAUUAAAAACAUGCAAGUUGAGCCCCUUUUUAGUUACUUUAAGGAAGAAGGAGUUAGGUUAAGCAGGUUUCUCAACACGAUACAGCUUUAACAGAAUCCAGGGUGCUUGUUUAAAUAUGCAGUCCCCACAAUUAACCCUAGUCCUGUGGAAUUAGUGUCACUAAUUCAAAAUAAAGUCUGAAAACCAUGGGUUGGAGAAUUCAGUUUUCAUUAUAUAUAAAUUCAUAGAUUUGUAGGUCCCUGAAACUUAGAGGUCAGUUAGCUAACACUGACUUUUUUUUUUUUUACUUUUAAUAGGAUUGAAAUUAUGUUUUAUACUAUAUCAGAGAUGUAUUAUUUUUUUUAUAACUGACCUCAUCCUGGCCAUAAGUCCCCAUCUCUGGUGGUAGGAUGAAAUUUAAACUUGAAAUUCCAGUUUGGGUCAAUAAUUAGAAAAAGUUCAUCUUCCUUUUCAAGAGUUUCUUCUCCCUUCUAACCUAGAUAUUUGUACCAACCACAAAGCCCCUAAACUAUAUGAAGCAGGAGUGGACAAUUCCAGAUAUGGCUGCUCCAUUUAGGUUCUUUCUGUUGAGAAUUUGAACUGGCUUUCUUCAUCUGGGUGAGCUGGCAGCUGUCCCCCAUUGUCAUGGUCACCAUUACAGCCAAGGUACCCUUUCUCCUCCUGCUAGGAGCACCAGGGGAGCCUUUGCCUCUGCCCGGUCUCAGGUCCAUCCAGCUCUCCUUGGUCCCCCUUAUAGUGGUCCCUGUUUUCUGUAAUUAAUUUGAUCAACUUACUGUUCUGUGAGAUCCUUGAGCUACUGGCAUCAUUCUAAAUCUGUCUACUGAUGCUAGGGAGAUACAAUUUUUGGAUUGUAUCGUUUUUAUACUAUUGAAGCCUCUACCAAACGUGUGACUUUUAUAACCUCGGGAAAGAGAUCUUUUUUCCAAUGGUAUCUUUUUCUGCUCUCUUUGUCUUUUAAAUUGAUGUUGCCUCAGUCCUACAGUCCCAGCUAGUAAGCACUUCCUCCACCCCUCUCCUGUGAAUCACUUACAAAUUCAGUUCAAUUCAUAUGUAUUUAUUAAUACAUACUCUGUAAAGCACUGUGCUUUGCGGCAGGGCGGGGGUGGGGGGGUGAGUAAGACCUGCUCUUAAAGAGGUCACGGUGGAGAAGAGCCAGGAAGUAGGGACUGAGGCGUUGUGAGGACGGCAGAGGCUAGUGGAAAGCAGCAGUGGACCCAGAGCCCUGAGGUGAAGUUCCCUCGGACUGGGGGUGUGUUUGGCUAACCCACUUACACUCUUUACGCGUCACCCUGUCUCAUCUGUAAAACGGGAAUGGUACACACUCCGCCUACUGCAUCAGUUGUGUACACCAGUAUUUUUCAAAGUGCAGGCCUCAAUACAUUACCAGGUUGAGAGGCCAACUGAAUGGGGUGUGACCUGCUUUUUUUUUUUUUUAAAUAAAAUAGAGAACAUUAGAGUGUAUGGCAUGUAGUAACAGGGUGUUUUGUUUCAUGAGUCUUGUUUUACUGUUUGUUUGUGCGUUUUACUUAUUUUGUUUAUCGCAUGUUCCACCAGCAGGUAAGAACUCCGAAGGCGAAGGUUUUUCUUUCUCUUCUUCCCCACCUUCCUUCCUGUGUACUACUUUAUUCUGCUUAGAACAGUAUUUGGCAUAUAGUAGAUAGUACUUCUUACUGAAGGGACGAGUGAAUGAAUGAAUAUGACUUGGAUCGUGAUGUAAAGGGUAUUUUUUGUUUCUACUAUGAAUCAUGGCAAAAAAAGUUUUGAAAGCCACUGCUUUCAAUACAGAUGAUAGUGCUUUGUAUGACUCGAAUAAAAACUGAAAUGACUCAAUAA